CAACACCCCCCUGCUCCUCCACCCCCAGUAAAACAUUCCGAUAAAACAUCCUCACCUGCGGAACACUCUGCGUCCGUUAACCAAGCCCAUACUGACUCACAGCUGCGAAAAUGAUUGGAGAAAAAAAUACAAAUAGACGACUCAACAGGGGAAGAAACAAAAGCAAAACACACCUCGUUCCGCACCCCCGCAACCCAAAUCAGCAUCUCCUCGCUCUCGAGAAUCCGCGCCGCUUCAUCGCGCCGCUGCCGCUGCUCGAGCGAUUCUUCUUUCUCCUUGCCUACUGCUGCUGCUACUACCGCUCCGCGGUGGCUGAUGCCGGUACUGGGGCUUUUACUCCCACUUCCACUUCCACUAGCGCCGGCGCUGGCACUUCCUAGUUUUCUUGCUGCGGAGUGAGUUGCGCGGAGUGUGCUGGGGUCGGUUGUGGCUGCGGUGGAUGGUGGUGGGGCGUGCCAUGUUUGGGGCAUGUGGGGUGGGGGUGUGUUGUGGGAUGGGGGUGGU